CCUCCAAUCCUCAAUAUAUAUUUCCAUCGCAAGGGAAAUAUGUUAACCCUAUUCAUGUGCUAGCAAAAUACUACUACUAUAUUUUGUACCUUAUCAGGAACUUCGAGUUCUGCAAACGAUAUGAGCAUGGAGGAGAACUUGAAGGUUGGGCCAUGGGGAGGUGAAGGUGGAAAGAACAGUUGGAGCUUCAAGGCAAAUAAAGGUGGUAUCAGUGAGAUAGUGAUUAUGCAUGGAUGGGCCAUCGAUGCCAUCUCAUUCAAAAGUGAUGAUAGAUCUGGUACGUUCCAGUAUUCAGAUAAGUUUGGUGGUAAUGGCGGCAGAACUGAAAAGAUUAUACUAGAUUGGCCUAGAGAGUACUUGACAUCCAUUAGCGGGACAUAUCAAUCUGCCUACACAAUAUUUGGACCGGUUGUAAUCAAAUCACUACACAUUAUUACAAAUGUGACAAAGUAUGGACCUUAUGGUUAUGAAAAUGGUACGCCAUUCUCUUUCCCAGCUGAGGGUGGUGAAAUUGUUGGUUUCCAUGGUCGUUCCGAAUAUCUCGUUCACUCCAUAGGUGUUUAUGUCAAAUCUCAGAUUCCAUUUUGUGCUUCAAACCCAGAUUACACAAUGCAACAAGAGUUGGAUAAUAAUACAAUGAAUGUGGAUGUACCACGAGGAGUAGGACCUGGGAGCGGUCAUGGUGGGAAGCUAUGGGGGAUGAUGCCGUCUUUUCCUCAAUUCAUGAAUUGCAUUUGCAUGUAGGAGAUUUCAUGCAAUACAAUUGUUUUAUAUAAGAUAAAGCUUGAUGCAUCAACUGAAUUCUUGGUUGGAAUUAUGGGAUUUUAUGGGCCCGUUAAAGGAAAUGACGACUACGAAGCAUUGCGUUCUAUUACCUUAUAUACUAAAAAUGGAAGAUAUGGACCCUUUGGAGAGGAGAUUGGUACUUCUUUCACCUCAAGUGCCUCUAGAGGAAAGGUAGUUGGUUUCCAUGGAAGAAGUGGUAUUUAUUUAGAUGCAAUUGGCGUUCAUAUGGAAUACUUCUGAACUUGUAGCUUGAGAAUUGAACAUUUCCUGUAAUAUUUUAUUUUUAUAAUGUGCUACUUUUUCUUUUCUUUUUUA